AUGGUCCUCCUCAAGCUCAAAAUGCAUGCCCAGUCCACUAUGGUCAAACGUACAUGCCUAAAGAUCUCCUUCAAGUUCUUUGGACCUUUCAAGAUUGCAGAGCAUCUCCCGAACCGGGCCUUCGUCCAGAACCCGCAAUCCACGGGCGACAUACUAACCCCGAGCCCGAGCACUGCACCGCUUUCUCCUUCCCCUUGCUUCGCGUCGCGGACUCACGGGCGCGGCGCGACUCCUGCCGCUGCCGGCACCGGCGAGCAUCGGCGGCGGCUGCUGCGUCGGAGGCAGGCAGGCACCCAUUCCGUCCUCCGCUCCGGCGACGUUGAAGAGGUCGACGGCGCGCGCUUCGCUCACCACCCGCUCCUCCUCCGCCGCCCCGCCCGCGUGGGUAAGCGCACCAUCCUCUCCUCCGCCUCCCCCGGUCCCCCCUCGGGCGCGACGCGCGUGCGCCGCCAGCCGGAGCAGAUGGAUGACCGAUUUUGGGUCCGUUUCCCAUGGAUUUCGGUUCGAUUAGAUGAGUCGGUGCUUUGUAGUUCAUAUUGAUUGAGCGAUUGCUGCUGGAUAUGGUCCUGGAAUGAUCUUGUUUUUGUCUGUCUCGCUGUAUCGUUGUGUGCAUGCCUCUUGUGGUUGUUCUGCUGCAGUGCUGCUUCAGUUCCAGGCCUCCGUGCUGUUUGUAGUGCCCGCGGUAGCGUGUUAAGGUUCUGGGUCAAUUCU